UCUCAUUCUAUUUCCCAUUCCUUUUGCUUAGACUGGUAGCUAAGCGUCACAAUUGAUUGAUGGGUUUUCUUCAAUCCUCUUCUCCAUCCUCUUAUUUCAGUGCUUUCAAAUGGCUUGGUUUUGUCACGGCCGUUUGGGUUCAGACCAUAUCAGGCAACAAUUACACUUUCUCAAACUACUCUGACGCUCUCAAGACUCUUAUGAACUUGACCCAACUCGAACUCAACAAUUUAUCUGUUGCUAAAGACGUAGGUAAGGCCUUUGGUCUUUUAGCUGGUCUUGCCUCUGAUCGGUUGCCUACUCCAGUUAUUCUUCUCAUUGGUUCCGUAGAAGGGCUUAUUGGUUACGGUGCUCAAUGGCUCGUUGUUAGUAAGAAAAUUCAACCUCUUUCUUACUGGCAGAUGUGCAUAUUCCUGUGUUUGGGAGGCAACAGCACAACAUGGAUGAACACAGCAGUUUUAGUAACAUGCAUCCGCAACUUCAGGAAAAACAGAGGCCCUGUUUCGGGCAUCUUGAAGGGUUACGUAGGGUUAAGCACGGCCGUUUUCACCGACAUCUGUUCGGCUCUCUUCUCCGACAACCCGGCCAGUUUCCUCUUAAUGCUCGCAGUCAUCCCUUUUGCUGUCUGUCUCACGGCCAUCCUCUUCCUCCGCGAGGUCCCACCUUCCUCUACCGCAGAACAAGAAAAAGAAGAGUUCAAGUAUUUCUCAGCGCUCAACAUUGUUGCUGUUGUUGUCGCUGUUUACCUACUAGGAUACGAUUUCAUACCAAAUCCUAGCAGCGCGUUGUCGCUGGGUUUUGUUGUCAUAUUGCUACUGCUUUUAGCUUCUCCCUUAGCAGUCCCGGUUUUCUCUUUUGUGAAAACCUGGAAUCUGAACCGAUUCAACAACAGAACUGUUGACAUUGAAGAGCCGCUGUUGACGGGAGAAACAGAACAGCAAGGGGAGAUUCAAGAAAAGCCAGUGAAGGAGGAGGAGGCGGCGCCGGCGCCGGAGGAGGAAGUGGCGGAGACAAAGAAGAGGCCAGUAAUUGGGGAAGAGCAUACGAUAAUGGAAGCGUUGUGGACGAUUGAUUUCUGGAUAUUGUUUGUUUCGUUUCUGUGUGGAGUAGGUACAGGUUUAGCGGUGAUGAAUAACAUGGGACAGAUUGGGUUGGCUCUUGGAUACGCCGACGUUUCGAUAUUUGUAUCGCUUACGAGUAUUUGGGGUUUUUUUGGAAGGAUCGGUUCUGGCUCCAUUUCCGAGUACUUUAUCAAGAAAGCAGGAACGCCAAGGCCACUUUGGAACGCAGCAUCUCAAAUUUUAAUGGCAGUUGGCUACAUUCUCAUGGCAAUGGCUAUGCCUGGUUCCUUGUACAUUGGUUCAAUUGUUGUUGGUAUAUGCUACGGAGUUCGUCUAGCUGUUACCGUCCCAACAGCCUCCGAAUUGUUCGGUCUCAAAUACUACGGUCUAAUUUACAACAUCUUAAUUCUCAACCUUCCACUCGGUUCCCUUCUCUUCUCCGGGCUGCUCGCCGGACUUUUGUACGACGCACAAGCAGUGCCGACGCCUGGAGGUGGCAACACCUGCGUUGGUGCACAUUGUUACAGGCUUGUGUUCAUCAUUAUGGCCAUUGCCUGUGUGAUUGGAUUUGGUUUGGAUGUUGUGCUGUCAAUUAGAACAAAGAAGGUUUAUUCCAAGAUACAUGCUAGCAAGAGAUCGAAGAAAUUGGUGGCAGAAACUAACAGCCAAUAACCUGAAAUAUUCAAGUAGGGCGCCUAAGAAGAAGGGAAUUUUGCAGGGAUUGAAGGGCUUCUGGUGCUCAGUGAUAUCCUAAGCUGUAAUUUUUUAUACAUUUUUAUUUUGGGGGGUUAGAUAUAGUCAGAAGUAUUUAAGGACUGUAUUAUAUGUUCUGAAUUACUUCUCUCCCGUUAUAUUUGAUUUGCUGAUGUCUAAUUAAGUAGAGCUAAUGAGCUCGUCUCGAUUGUCACCAUUAAUUUAGUACUGUUCUCUUGUAUGCAUUCUUUUAAUUUUCAAGAAAAAUAAGAAAAUCUAUGUUUUAAAUUCA